AUGUAUAAUCGAGCAGGACGUAUAAAUGUAGGAAAACGCGAUAAAGAAGGCGAUUUAAAAAAUGAUUAUAAUAUUCAAAAAUUCAAAGAUUUACCGUUUCGAAUUAAAGUCGAAACACUUCCAACCGAAGAAAAUCUUGCACGAAUAUUUUUUUUAAAGAAAGAUAAAGAAGAAGAAAUUCCAAUUCCUGAUGGAAUAACUUGUGUAGAUGUAACUUUUAAAACCGAUAUAGUUAAAGAUCCAGUUGUAUCUGGCGCUAAUUGGUUUUUGGUUACACAUCCAUAUAAGUAUAAUAUAUAUUAUGAUCCUGAGAAAAAAAAAUGUACUCGAAAAUAUAAAAUUUAUUCAUUGAAUCCGGGAAAAGAUUACACAAUUUAUAAUUAUAGAAAAACUGAUGAAGUAUUAGAAGAUGAAGAAUGUAAAAGAAUAAUUAGAAAAAGUAAAAUGCUUGACGAAUCAAUCAAAAGUAUAACAGGAUUACCUUUAAGUGACGGUGAAUUGGGAGAUGAAGACGAUGAAGACGAUGAAUAA